ACCCGUACACGUUGGACCUGUUAUCGCCGGAUGUUUUCUUAAUGUGAAAUUAUUCUUGGGGGAAAAAAAUGCCUGGUUGUGUGUAUGUCUUCAAACUGCUGGUCCGUGUCGGUUCACACCUUUAAAAAGCGGUCGGUGCGUGGCGCUGUCACGGCGACUCACGUCUCGCUUUUUAGCCUGAAGCUAGCGCGUUAGCAUAGCUAGGUGCAGGUAUGCUAGCAUGCUACGUGUACACACCGGGCAGCUUCCUGAAAAACUACAUUUUUAAUCUUGUCACUUUUUGCUGAUUCUUGGCCAAGUCCAUGGAGUCAUUUAGUCCAUUGAUGCCACAAUGGUAAACAUUUGAAAGAAAGCAAAGCACAGCCACUGUUAGAUGAAUGACUUUUAAAACAUGAUGUUCUCGUCGAGAAGAAAGCCUGUGCUCUACUUCAAGGAGGAGAGAAGCAGGUGUCUUCCAAGGAGAUGUUCAGUGUGGAAGCUCUUUGCACUCUGCCUCGUGCUGCUGCCCGCCUCGCUGCUCUGGCUGCAGCUCAGCUGCUCCGGCGACGGCACGGCCGCCUCCCCGCACCACGGCAGGGACGCCCCCCAGCAGCCGUGCCGGCCCGAGAGUAAGGCGGAGUCGGCGUGGGGGGACGAGACGUCGUGGGGCCCGCACGCGCUGGCCGUGGUGGUCCCCUUCAGGGAGCGCUUUGAGGAGCUCAUGGUCUUCGUCCCCUUCAUGCACACUUUCCUCAGCCAGAAGAAGAUCCGCCACAAGAUCCUCAUUGUCAACCAGGCGGACCACUACAGGUUCAACCGGGCGUCUCUUAUCAACGUGGGCUACUUGGAGAGCGGCGACGACACCGACUACCUGGCCAUGCAUGAUGUGGACCUGCUGCCGCUAAACGACGCGCUCGACUACUCGUUCCCCGCCGAAGGACCUUUUCACGUGGCGUCGCCUGACCUCCACCCCAUUUAUCACUACAAGACCUACGUGGGCGGAAUCCUGCUCCUCACCAAGGCACACUACCAAAUGUGUAACGGUAUGUCCAACCGCUUCUGGGGGUGGGGCCGCGAGGACGACGAGUUCUACAGACGCCUCAAAAAAGCAGAUUUACAGCUGUUCCGACCCAGCGGUAUCACGACGGGUUUCGAGACCUUCCUGCACCUGCACGACCCCGGCUGGCGCAAGAGGGACCAGAAGCGCGUGGCGAGCCAGAAGCAGGAGCAAUUCAAGGUGGACCCCGAGGGCGGGCUCGGCAACCUGCGCUACCAAGUGGAGUCACGACAGCAGCUGACCAUAGGGGGCGCUCCGUGCACGGUCAUCAACGUCAAGCUGGAGUGCGACCUGGAGCAGACACCGUGGUGCAUGCUCGCCUAGAACGCAGCGGGAUUUUAUUGUGAAAAGGUUCCGGAAAAGGAAGCGGAGCAACAUGUGCCUGCUGUGAAUGAACUGGCAUGUAGCUUUGUUUCCUUACAGUGCAGUCCUGCUGGUACUCUUAUUUAAUGUCACUUUUAAGCGUUUUUUUGUUCUUUUUUUAAACAAAGCCAACCGUGCUUUACCGGAAGUAGUGUCGUGACGUCUUUCACGAAUGUGGACGUGAACAAGCAAAGUGCAAACGUUGUUUUUACUGUGAAAACAACACCGCUGUUAAGAGUUUUGUCAGCAAUAAAAGAUUGUCUACUUUUA